UAUUUUUAUUAUUUUUGUGGUGUUUUUGACUUUGUAUUCUGCUUGAGUUUCGGAUUUCACAUAUUGUUGUAUUUGAGUUUUUGUUAUAAACCAGCAAAAGGGUCUCUUGAUCUCUUCCUCUCUUUUGUAUCGUUUAGCCUUUCCAAAUCUUCUAGAGGUGUUUGAAUAUUCAUUGGUAAGUGAUGGCUGAUAAGCACCAGAGCCCAACUGUUAUCCAAAAGUUUGCUGGUCAGCUACAUCUUGGUUCCACCCUUUCUCAAGAUAUCCACAGCCAGAGCCACUAUGGCGGCUUCCAGAGGCCUAAUCUCAAUCAAAGGCGUUUUGCAUAUGGAAAUUAUUCUAAUGCAGCAUUGCAGUAUCCUAUGAACCAUGCAUGUGGAGCAACUGAUCAGUCAUUGAUCAGUUCCGCUGCCUCACCUCUGCUUGUCCAAGCCCCAUCAGAGAAAGGAUUUGCGGGCUUUGCCAUUGAUUUUCUAAUGGGUGGAGUUUCAGCCGCUGUGUCCAAGACUGCUGCUGCUCCAAUUGAGCGCGUAAAGCUGUUGAUUCAAAACCAGGAUGAGAUGCUCAAGGCUGGCAGGCUUUCUGAACCCUACAAGGGAAUUGGGGAUUGUUUUAGCCGAACAAUAAAAGAUGAGGGAAUGGUGUCCCUGUGGAGAGGGAACACAGCUAAUGUCAUCCGUUACUUCCCAACUCAGGCCUUAAACUUUGCAUUCAAAGAUUACUUCAAGAAGCUUUUCAACUUCAAAAAGGACAGGGAUGGCUACUGGAAAUGGUUUGCAGGAAACUUAGCAUCUGGUGGUGCUGCUGGUGCCUCUUCUUUAUUUUUUGUUUACUCUUUGGAUUAUGCUCGUACCCGCCUUGCAAAUGAUUCCAAAGCUGCUAAGAAGGGAGGCGGUGGGAGACAAUUCAAUGGCCUGGUUGAUGUCUACAGAAAGACUCUCGCAUCAGAUGGUAUUGCUGGCCUUUACCGCGGUUUCAACAUUUCUUGUGUUGGCAUCAUUGUGUACCGUGGUCUAUACUUUGGAAUGUAUGAUUCUUUGAAGCCUGUGCUCCUCACUGGAAAGAUGCAGGAUAGUUUCUUUGCUAGCUUUGCUCUUGGUUGGGUUAUCACCAAUGGUGCCGGUCUUGCAUCUUACCCAAUUGACACUAUCCGUAGAAGGAUGAUGAUGACUUCUGGUGAAGCGGUCAAAUACAAGGGCUCACUCGAUUGCUUCAAUCAAGUCAUGAAGAAUGAGGGUGCCAAGUCCCUCUUCAAGGGUGCCGGUGCCAAUAUUCUUCGUGCAGUUGCUGGUGCUGGUGUGCUUGCAGGUUAUGACAAGCUUCAGGUGCUGGUGUUUGGAAAGAAGUAUGGUUCUGGUGGAGCUUAAGCAAAAAAUGAUCGUUUUCUGUGGGGCUCAAGUAAAAGUCAAUGACCCCAUGUAGCUACAGAUAUUGAUGAAAAUAUUUACUUGUCCUGAGUUUCGUUUCAGGCAGUUUUUACUGAUUAAUAACCUAGUUUAGAGGAUUUUGUCUCCUAAGCAUUGUUUUAUUUCAGAGUCCAGGAAUUUUGUUCUCAUAGCCGUCCUGGCUAUAAGAGCUGUUAUAAGCUCAUUAUGUUUAUGUUUAAUUUAUA